CCCUAAAUUGUAAACUCCUACUACUAUCUACAUUUUUUUACACACCACUCCAAAACCCCAUUACUUCCGCACGCCAUGGAUGGAGCUUCGACUAUUGAGGAGGUCGAAGCAGUAGAAACACCAACAGUAAUCUCAAAUCCAGUAGCUAAUGUUGUUCUAACUCCAGAAGAACUCAUAGCAAAAUCGAUAGCUCCAGUGAAAAAAGAGUUUUUACGUCCUCCUCAACAUACCAGACCUUGCCCUAAUGUUAAAGGUGAAGACGGGGUUUCUUCAGAAACUAAUGAAUCCGAUGGGUAUCAUUCUAAGUAUUCUAAGAAUACGAAAUCCAAGAGACAAUUAAAGAGAGAACGUCAAGAGGAGAAAAAAACUGGUAUAUGUCCCAAGGUAGCGAAAACUGGGUGUGUUAGCUCAUGUACUUAUGGAACUGAUUGCCGUUUCAGCCACGACGUUGAUGCUUAUAAGGCUCAGAAACCGGUAGAUUUAGAGGGAAAUUGUCCAUUUCUCAGUCUUGAAGGGCCAUGUCCUUAUGGAUUAGCUUGUCGAUACUCGGGUACUCAUAAAGAUGAGAAUGCUAUGGAGAUUGUCGGUAUGGGGAAUGAAAGAUAUGAAACAAAUGAGCUAAAGAAAGCUGUACAGAAGCUUUUGUGGAAGAAUGUUAUGACUUUCCCUAAGGCUGAUGCUCAACUCAAAGCUCUUGGUAUCUUGGACAAUUAUAAGUUGAAAAAGGGUAAAGCUAAAGGAGAGGGAGGAGAGGUGGAAAAGGUGGAAGUUGAAGGGGAGGUUGAAAUGGUGGAAGCUGAUCAAGGUAUUGUAAACGGGUCUAGCACUGCUUUUGAAAAUGAUUCUGGCGAAAAUGGGGCAUCCACUAAUAAGACAGAGUGCACUGAGGAGGUGAAGUUGGAAGAGGGGAAUGUAAAGAUUUCUCUUUCAACCGAUGGCCCUCGACCCAUCAAGAUGGCAAAACAUUCUAACGGAGAGCCUUGCUCUGACGAUAUGGAUAAUGGCACAGGUUCCAUGAAAAAUGAUCUUGAGAUGCGUACUGAAGUAGAAGCUUCACAAACAGAUGAUAUCUCCUCAGAGGCUGAUGCUUGCCUGAAACUACACCCCCGUGAAAAGAAGCUUAUUGAUUUUAGUGGAAAGCUUUAUCUUGCACCUCUGACCACUGUUGGAAAUCUUCCGUUUAGAAGGGUAUGCAAGAAUUUAGGAGCUGAUAUAACUUGUGGGGAAAUGGCUAUGUGUACAAAUCUCUUGCAGGGACAGGCUUCAGAAUGGGCACUGCUGCGGCGACAUUCAUCCGAGGAUCUGUUUGGUGUACAAAUAUGCGGAUCUUUUCCAGACACUAUAGCACGCACAGUUGAACUGAUAGACCGUGAAUGUACGGUUGAUUUCAUUGAUAUAAAUAUGGGUUGCCCAAUUGAUCUUGUUGUUGAUAAAGGUGCUGGUUCGUGUCUUCUUACUAAGCCUGUGAGGAUGAAGGGCAUUAUAAAGGCAGCUUCUGCCACUGUGGAUACACCAAUAACCGUGAAGGUGCGAACAGCAUAUUUUGAAGGGAAAAAUAGAAUUGAUUCAUUAAUUUCAGAUAUUGGGAGUUGGGGAGCAACUGCUCUAACUAUACAUGGUCGAUCACGCCAGCAACGGUACAGCAAACUUGCUGAUUGGGAUUACAUAUACCAGUGUGCUAGAAAGGCUCCAGAUUCGUUGCAAGUCCUUGGAAAUGGAGAUAUUUUUUCAUAUGUGGAUUGGAAUAAGCACUUAUCUGACUGCCCUAAGAUUUCAGCUUGCAUGAUUGCUCGAGGAUCACUAAUCAAGCCUUGGUUAUUUACUGAAAUCAAAGAACAAAGGCACUGGGACAUCAGCUCCAGUGAAAGAUUGGGUAUUUACAAGGAUUACGUCCGUUGUGGUCUCCAACACUGGGGUUCUGAUACCAAAGGAGUGGAGACAACUAGGUAUUUCCUGCUGGAAUGGCUCAGCUAUCUGUAUAGAUAUAUCCCCGUGGGUCUAUUAGAUGUUGUCCCUUCAAAGCUGAACUGGCGUUCACCAAGCUUCUAUGGUCGUGAUGAUCUCGAGACACUAAUGGCUUCUGAGUCUGCUGCUGACUGGAUAAGGAUCUCUGAGAUGUUGCUCGGCAAAGUUCCAGCCGGCUUCCAUUUUGCACCAAAACACAAAUCCAACGCAUAUGACAAAGCAGAAAACGGUUAAUUUUUUUUUUAAUUGUAUUGGUCCUCACAUAUGGAGGAGUCAUGGUGAUGGAAUGCUUUCCCAUGCAACUCUUAUACGUGGUUGCAGAAUUUAAUCCACAUAUCAGAUAGAAACAUCUUGUUUUUCAUCCACCAUCAAACACAUUACAUUUUGCUUGUAAAUUGUAGCUAAUAGGUUGCCGUAACAGAAGAUGACGGAUAGAACAGUUUAAGUAAUGUCCACUUGGACGGCAUUGUUUAGAGGUGAAGAUCUCUCUUUUUAGGCUGCAGUUCAUGAGAAUAGAUCAAAUAUUACUGCUAGUUUACUAAAUAUUUUGACUGUCAGACAAAUAGAAGCCACUAUUUACCAAA